AUGGCAUUCAAAGACAGUACAAAAAAGAAUAUUCCACCUCUGAAAGAUGUCAAAUUCAAUUCUAUGGAAGCUCUUCGUCGCCUGCCAGCUGUCAAUCUGCUCAAUAAUAUUGAUCCACAGAGCCCAUAUGCCCUAUUCUCUCUCUAUAUCUCAGAGGCAGAUAUUCAGAAUAUUACAAGCUCCACCAAUGCCUACACAAAGAUACAGAUCUUAAAGAAUCCAGCUCUCAAUUCAUGA